AUGCGCGCCCACCUUCUCGCACUACAGGUCGCCCUGAUCGCGUUCUCGCCUUUCUCAACGAACAAGAUCACUUUCAUUAAACUCCUGCGCAUCACCAGUGGUCUUCAGCCCCUGGAGACUACCCCGGAGUACAUCACCUGGUUCCAAUUCUGCUUCGAGCCUUUGCGCACCGCCUCCACCGAGCUCCUGGCCCUGAUCGACGUCCCCAAACUGUUCGACCCGCCGGAGCAUGCUGUCGACCGAGGCGGGAAAGGAGGCCACAGCCCACUUCGCAUCAAGUUGUCUCGGCUCUCCUUUAACAGCAAGACGCAAUCCUCCACCAUCGAGAAGCAGCAGAAUGCUGUAGCAAAGGCUGCAGAGCUGGUCGUGGCGAUCAAGUUCGGACUCGCAUCGCUCGCUGAAGUGAACUCGUCGAUCCCUUCUCUGCCGUCGACCCCAGUAGUCGCGAAGGAAGAGAGCCUGCUGACGUCUGAAGACAGUAAAGUGUGCCCUGAUGAUGAGAUAUAG